GAGGGGAACGGUCGCUCGCUCGCUAUGUGUUAAAAUAAAUACAUACAUUAAUAAUCUCGGUCGAUUAAAAGAUAUAGUAAUAUUUAAAAAUGUUGGUCGUGUGGUAUAUUUUGGCUAUUAGUGGGUAUGUCAACGGAUUUGCAUUGCCCUUCGAAGGGCUUUAUAAGUUGGAUAUUAUUCAUUAUAAUGAUUUUCAUGCUAGAUUCGAAGAAACAUCAGUAGACACUCCAAGCUGUAGAUACAACAACAACUCAUGCAUCGGUGGAUUCCCUCGUCUAUACAAAGAAAUCCACACUUUAUUAGAAGAGAAACCAAACUCCAUAGUCCUGAACGCUGGAGACAGUUUCCAGGGGACCUACUGGUAUACCUUGCUGAAGUGGAAUGUCACCCAGGAGUUCAUGAAUCUGAUACCUCAUGAUGCCCAUGCUCUUGGAAACCACGAAUUUGAUGACGGCCCUGAAGGUCUGGCUCCUUAUCUGAAAGCGUUAAAGGCUCCAGUGCUUGCAGCCAACAUGGACGUCAGCGAGGAACCCAUUCUAGAAGGACUGUUCAUACCUCACAUCAUUUUGAAGAGGAAAGGCAGGAAGAUUGGCAUCAUUGGGCUAAUCACUCCUGAUACAGCGAAAUUAUCAUCACCCGGCAAGGUAAAGUUCACGGACCCCAAGGAGGCGACUAGGCGUGAAGCUGAAGCGUUGUACAGAAAAGGAGUGGACAUCAUUGUAUUACUCUCCCAUUGCGGGUUCGAAUCUGACAAGGAAAUAGCCCGAGAUGCUGGAGAACACAUAGACAUAAUAGUGGGAGGCCACAGCCACAGUUUGCUCUGGAACGGCAAAGCUCCUAGCGGGGAGGUUGUCGAAGGUCCUUACCCUGUGUUCAUCGAGCCUACUGUCGAUAAAGAUCAUGAGGUCCUGAUAGUCCAAGCUUCAGCCUUCACUAAAUACAUGGGUAACUUGUCUGUCUACUUCGACUUCCGAGGCGAUUACGUCAAGUGGGAAGGCAACCCGCUGUACCUAGACCGGUCCAUACUUGAAGACCAAGUGAUAAAAGAAAAGUUAGCUCCCUAUGCGAAGAGAGUGCACGAGGCUGAGAAUGUUCCCGUGGGGUCAACUUUGAACACCAUGAGGUUCAACGACUGUGUCUUCGGGGAAUGUACCAUCGGAAACUUAUUGGCUGAUGCCAUGGUUGAAAAUGCCAACAACGCCACUUCAAAAGACAUACAUUAUAUGUCGUUUAUACAACGUGGAAACAUCAAGGCUUCAAUUAUGGAAGGAGUGGUAACAGCUGGAUCAAUAUUCGAACUCCUACCAUUCAAUGAUCGAGUAGAGAUCUUCGACAUCGAAGGGAAGUACAUUCGGCAGGCUCUGGAGAGGAGCGUCAUUGAUGCUUGGGCCUACGAUCCUUUCAAGGGACCCUGGUUGCUGCAGAUUUCAGGUCUUCGAGUAACCUACAACGUAUCUUUACCUGAGAAUCACCGUAUCACUUCUCUAGAGAUUGGAGACAGCAAGGAACCUCUUGAUGACAGUAAAAUAUACCAUGUGACUGCACCUUUAUAUUUGGCCAAUGGAGGCGAUGGUUUCACUAUGUUCAAAGAAGGCAAACACAACGAAAGAGACAUUGGACGCGAUCAGAAGAUCGUAGAAGAAUACAUCAGAUCUCAUUCUCCUCUUAACAUCCAACUCGAUGGCAGAGUGAUAAUUAACAGUUGACUGAAUUAAACCAAAAAAAAAUAAAUAAAGUUCAUAAUUUAAAUAUACGGCUCAUACACGUAAACUAGAACUAUUCGAUAUAGAUACGCAACUGUGUGACGUCACUGUCCGUCAUAAUAUGGCCGCCGCUAUAACUUGAAACUACGUGGCUGUAUAUUUCAAUUAAAAGUUUAAAAUUCACAUGGAUGAUAAAAAUAAUGAAGGGUCAACAUGCGCUCACUUCUUUAUAAGAUGCUCGAAGAGGCUAAGUGAGUUUGUACUUGAGUUUGAUAAAUUAAAAUGUGACGAGCGUAUGCCUCUAUUAUUUCAUCAUCUGUGGUAUCUCUUCAUACAGUGUGUUGUAUUUUGUUGUUUAUCUAUUUUAGAUUGAAGUGUCUGAUUGUGAAUUUAUUGAUUGUCAAAUAAAUAUGAUAUAGAAGAUAUUUAGAUAAACGUGAACAAAAUAAUAAUAUAAGAAUGAAUGUGUACGUGAAAAAAGAACAUUAUCAUAACCUCAUUAACAACAAGAAGUAUUAGAGGUAGUAUCUACGAAACUGCAAACAAGGGCAUUGUAUGUAGCAUCUGCCCAAAGCCGAGGUUGUUAAAUAUAAAAAUAAACAAUAAGCACAAUUUUUAGUUUUAAUAAUAUGUUUUUUUAAAUCUAUGAAACAGU